AUGUCUACAUCCCGCCCGCGAACCGACUCUGGGGGCACGGGAGAGCGCGCUGAGAAGACACACACAGCUCACCAUGAGCAUGCCGGGCUAGAUGGACAUCCUGUUGCGGCAUCUGCGGAGACCCCCGGCGCGAAACAGCAGACUACUGCUGAGAAGGUAUGGGAUGAAGAACCUGUUUCUGGUUCUAGCUCUGAUCCCACUUCGCAGGAGCAGGCGGCCCUCGAAGAACAGAAUCUCGAGGAAUACGAACAGCCAUAG